GUACGCAAUUUGAGUGACGUUUGAGGAUGUGUUGAUGUUGUGGUGGAAUGAGACGUUUGUCUCUUUGGCUGUGGAACGAUUUAGCUAUUAAUGUUCCUUUCCCAUAUUUGAUACACAUAUUUGAAGAAAUUUUACGUUCGUGGUAUCCUCAUGUCAAAAUAAAAACGUAGUUCAAAUCACUCCUCUGAUGUUCGUCAGUUUGUGUAAAUGUAACAUCAGAGGUGAAGUUUCAUAUCAUGCCGGGCAAUAGAUAUCAGCCUUCUCCUUUGCCCAGCAGAAGCUCUUCUUCGUUAAGCAAUAAUAUUAGGCCAGGCUCACCAUUGCCCGUACCAGUGGGAUAUAGAUUGGACUGUAUGAGUGCUGCAGCGAAACGAUACAAAUACCUCAGGAGACUCGUGAAGUUCCAUCAGAUGGACUUCGAGUUCGCAGCAUGGCAGAUGAUAUAUCUAUUCGUUUCGCCCCAACGAGUUUAUAGGAAUUUUCACUACCGAAAACAAACAAAAUCACAGUUUGCAAGGGAUGAUCCAGCAUUUCUUGUUCUCCUGAUGUUUUGGUUGUGUGCAUCGUCUGUUGGAUUUGCCAUUCUUCUGCACUUGUCAUUCUGGGAGUAUUUCAAAUUCCUGCUUUAUGUGGUAUUUGUAGACUGUAUUGGAGUUGGUCUCCUAAUAGCUACUUUUCUGUGGUUUGUUACUAACAGAUACAUGAUAAAACCGUCAUGUCGAGAUCAGGAUGUUGAGUGGGGUUAUGCAUUUGAUGUUCAUCUCAAUGCUUUCUUUCCUGUCCUGAUUAUUCUACAUGUGUUCCAACUGUUUUUCUAUAGAGCUUUUCUGUACCAACCCUGGUUUGUGGCCAGAUUAUUUGGAAAUACCCUGUGGCUGAUCGCCCUUGGCUAUUACAUCUAUAUCACAUUUUUAGGCUACAGUUGUUUGCAAAUUCUGCAGAGAACUCAUAUACUUCUUUAUCCACUGACAGUGUUGCUGGCAUUGUAUGUUAUAACAUUGAUGUCUGGUUGGAAUAUAUCUCAAGAUAUGAUGAACUUUUAUGAAAGAAGAGUAACGUAACUGAAGACGUGAAUCAGUGAAGUGUUGAAUAUGUAUAACAUGUAUUAUAACAAAGUGUUAGAGUGGUAACAAAGGAGAUGUUGUAAUGUGACAGUAUUGUCAUAAACAGUGUUCGUGACAUUAACUUUUUGUACCCAAGGCAGUGAAAAAAUAAUAAUAAUUUGCCUUAUUUUCGGUAAUGUAAAUUAGUUAAAUUGUUUCUUUUAAUAUGUGAUUGUAAAUAUAUAUUUCAGAGUUUUGAUA